AUGAAGCGGGCUCUUGCUCUCAUCGGCCUGGCCUUCCUGUCGGUGCUCUGGGCUGGGGGCGCUCAGCAGACGGUGGAUGACACCUGUUCCGUGCAGAUUCUUGUCCCCGGCCUCAAAGGGGAUGCUGGACAGAAGGGGGACAAAGGCGCACCAGGACGGCCUGGCAGAGUCGGCCCCACGGGAGAGAAAGGAGACAUGGGUGACAAAGGACAGAAAGGCGGCGUGGGGCGCCAUGGAAAAAUCGGUCCCAUUGGUUCUAAAGGUGAAAAAGGAGAUUCUGGUGACAUAGGACCCCCUGGCCCUAAUGGAGAACCAGGCAUCCCGUGUGAGUGCGGCCAGCUGAGGAAGGCCGUCGGGGAGACAGACAACCAGGUGGCGCAGAUCACAGCGGAGCUGAAGUUCAUCAAACACGCCGUCGCCGGCGUGCGCGAGACGGAGCAGAAGAUCUACCUGCUGGUGAGGGAGGAGAAGCGGCUCGUGGACGCGCAGCUGGCCUGCCAGGGCCGGGGCGGCUCGCUGGCCAUGCCCAAGGAUGAGGCCGCCAACGGGCUGCUGGCCGCCUACGUCGCGCAGGCCGGCCUGGCCCGCGUCUUCAUCGGCAUCAACGACCUGGAGCGGGAGGGCACCUUCGUCUACGCGGACCGCUCGCCCAUGCAGACCUUCAGCCAGUGGCGCAGCGGGGAGCCCAACAACGCCUAUGACGACGAGGAUUGUGUGGAGCUGGUGGCCUCCGGGGGCUGGAACGACGUGGCCUGCCACCUCACCAUGCACUUCCUCUGUGAGUUCGACAAGGAGCACGUGUAG